CGGGCGCUGACGGCGAUGAUGGCGGCGCCCAUGGCGGCGGCCGUGGCCGCGCUCCGGGCCUGGGCGGAGGCGGCGGCGCGGGCGGAGGCGGCGGCGCGGGCGGCUCUGGCAGCCGCGACCCCGCUGCUGGGCGCGCUGGCCGCGCUGGCGGCGCAGAUGCGGGCGGCGCGGCGGCUGCCGUGGGACGCGACGCCGCUCGGCGCCUUCCCGGAGCUGCGGGCGCGGCUGUGGCGGAAGCAGCGCGGCGCGGCCGAGGCGCUGCUGGAGCAGCUUGGCGAGCGGCGGGAGGAGCUCCGGGCCGUGCGGGACGCCGUGGGGGCGGCCGGCAGCGCGGUGCUGCGGCUCUUGGAGCAGCGGGGCCCGGCCGAGCUGGGGCUGGCGGCGCUUCUGCGGCGUGGGCCGCGCUGCCCCUCGCUGGCCGACGUGCUGGAGGGGCUGCAGGACGUGGAACGCUACUACCGGCACCUGUACUUGGAGAGCAAGCUGCUCCUGCAGCGCCUCAGCCUGGACAGCCUGGCAGACGUGGAAGCCCUGCCGCAGUCCUGGGAGAGGAUUUUGGAGCGUUACAAAGAUGAUGAUGUCGUUCAAGAUACACUCCUGAAGGUCUCGCUGUUCCUGGAGAACCAUCAUGAGGUGAGCUGCUCCCCUGGCUCCUGACAGGGCAGCAGGGACUGGCACUGACCAGCUUCAGCCGUGCUCUGCCGUGCUGCGAAGGGGAUGAGGAACUGAGGGAGCUCUCCUGAACGAGUUGAGUCUUGUCCUCAGCAUGAAAUGCUUGAACUGUACCGUUUUCAAGUGGAAACAGCCUUGGUCUGUGAAGAAGAGGCUGAGCCCAAAAAGCUGUGAGGAUAGAAGGGAGUCACCUCCAGCUGUGGAACUUGUCCUUUCCCUCUUCUGACACGCCUGUUUUGUGUCCUGGUGAAAAUGUUGAUACUUGCAUGAGGUGCUGCAGAUGUGUGGGUGUAAUAGAGUCCUUCAGGCUGCUGCCAUGAAAGAUUGUUGGGCUCUGUCCUUACAAAUAAAGAAAACGUGUCAGAUUAGGGUUUAG